AUGGAUUUCAACCCCAGGGAUCGCGCAGAAGCCCUGCUGCUCAAGGCUGCCCGCGCGCACGGCAUCCCCGCCACAAAACAAGACGUGCACAACGCCCUAUCCGACACGGCCUUCCUGGAGUGGGCGAAUCUGCAUCUGGCGACAGACCAUCUCCUCACGGGUGAUGAGCUGGCACUGUAUACCGCGCUUGACAAGAGUGGUCAGGUCGAUCGACUUGCAGAACUGCAUGAUUUGGGAGAGGUGCAGGCGGUGAAUGAAGAUGAUAUUCGUGCGGCUAUUGAGGAGCUGAAUAGAUCUACGGGGGAGAUUAAUAAGCAGACGGAGACGUUGAAGCAGCAACAGGAUGCUCUUGCGAGACUUGUCAAGAAACGAGAUGAGGCUGAGCAGGCGAGGAGGGAUUUGGAAGAGGAGCGUCUUAAUAAGACGAAGCAUGCGCUGAAGAAGCUGGUUUUCGAGGUUGACGGAGAGGCGCAGAGUCUUGAGUAUCGUGUUGCCGAUCUGGAGCAAAUUGCCAAACAGUCUCGCGAUAAUGUGAAAAAGACGGUUGAUGGUGUUUUUCAAUCUGAUGAUAAGCUUCUGUCUAGUUUGCAGAAGUUGGGUUGGGAACUUGAUCAACAGGAUCCUGAGGAGGAGAAGUCGAUUGAGAAGUUGCGGGAGACUUGCAUGAGAUUGAUCAAGACUACUGUCGAGACCCUUCGCACAAGAUUGGACAGGAUUUAUCUUGAAGCUAUCCUUGCAGCAGAGCGUUCAGGAGAUGUCAAGGACGCUACUCAAGACGACGUCAAAGCUCUCGAAGAAGAACUCGAGUCACUUUACUCGGAGAUUCUACCCGUUGCGCAAAUGUCCACUGAGCAAGAAUAUCUCGAACCAGCACUCAAGUCAACAGAUGCUCAAAGCGGACAAAGUCUGCACCGCUCAGCCGUGGCAGUAACAUACGUCAACGAAUGUCUCGAUCAUCUCGUAGACAAAAUUACACUCCUUACAGACCGCGUCGAAACACUCAAGUCCCACAACGCAGCAGCAUCAUCAAUCAUCGCCACCGCAAAAGCAGAAUCAUCCGCAUCUUUAUCCCCAGAGAAGAAAAAGUCUCUUCGCGCUGCUAUGCCUGCAUCACCUAUUCGCAAUCCCUCUCCAAUCCGCAUGCGUGCAAACACAGACGUAAACCGUCGCAACAACAAAAACCGUCGUCGUUCGUCUGGCAUCUUGGACGAGCCCGCCAUAGAAGCUCUUCUACGCGAUCUAACUUUGUCACUUCCCGACUCCGAAGAUGCAUCUAUCCAAGACCAAGUAUCCGCGCUGAACAAAGCGUUUAAAGAUCGCUCGGGUAAAACGAUGGAUGUGACGAGGGGUGCGCAGGAGAGUUUUGAGGCUAGUGUCACGGCGAGACUUGAUGAUGCGCGGUUGGCGAUUCAGUUGCUGAGGGAUAGUGUGCUCGCGGAGAGUCCGUUUGGGGAGGUUUUGAUGGUUGAUCCUGAGUUUGAGGGGUCGGUUGUGCAGUUGGGACGGGAUGUGGAGGGUGUCAAGGAGAGGUUGGAUGGGGUUGUUGAGAAGAAGGCUUUGGCGAAGAGUGUGAAGAAGGAUGAGUUUGUGCAGAGGUGGGCGUAG